CGCCCACGGCCCGCUCGCUCCCCCAUGGACCCUCCUCUCCGGCUCCUGCCCGAUGGGCGCCUCAUGGCGGCGCUGCUACUCCUGGCCGCUUGCCUGUCCGCCUGCAGCGUGCAAGCGGUUACGAGCGCGGAAGCUUCCUACAUCGCCCACCGCCAGCUGCUGGCCAUGAAGGAGGCCGGCGGCGGCGAGGCCGGCGACCUACCGGCGGACUUCGAGUUCGACGACCGCGUCGGCGCCGCCAACUUCCCCAACCCGCGCCUCCGCCGCGCGUACAUCGCGCUCCAGGCCUGGCACCGCGCCUUCUACUCCGACCCCAAGGGCUACACCGCCAACUGGGUCGGCGAAGACGUGUGCAAGUACAAUGGCGUCAUCUGCACCGAGGCGCUGGACGACCCCAAGAUCACGGUCGUGGCCGGGAUCGACCUCAACGGCGCCGACAUCGCCGGGUACCUCCCCCCGGAGCUCGGCCUGCUCACCGACCUCGCCUUCUUCCACAUCAACACCAACCGCUUCUGCGGCAUCAUCCCCAAGAGCAUGUCGCGGCUGUCGCUGCUGCACGAGUUCGACGUCAGCAACAACCGCUUCGUGGGCGUCUUCCCCUACGUCUGCCUCGAGAUGGUGUCGCUCAAGUACCUCGACCUCCGGUUCAACGACUUCGAGGGCGAGCUGCCGCCGGCGCUCUUCGACAAAGACCUCGACGCCAUCUUCGUCAACACCAACCGCUUCGUAGGGCCCAUCCCCGAGAACCUCGGCAAUUCCACGGCGUCCGUCAUCGUCUUCGCCAACAACGCCUUCGUCGGAUGCAUCCCCAAGAGCAUCGGCCGCAUGGUUAAGACGCUGGACGAGAUCAUCUUCCUCAACAACAAGCUCGACGGGUGCCUGCCGUUGGAGAUGGGCCUGCUGGUCAACACCACCGUCAUCGACGUCAGCGGGAACAUGCUCGUCGGCACCAUCCCCGAGCAGCUCUCCAACAUAGCCAAGCUGGAGCAGCUCGACGUGUCCCGGAACGUUUUCACCGGCAUCGUGCACGAGUCCAUCUGCGAGCUCCCGGCGCUCGUCAACUUCAGCUUCGCCUUCAACUUCUUCAACUCGGAGGCCGCCGUGUGCAUGCCGUCCGACAAGGCGCUCGUCAACCUCGACGACAGGGACAACUGCCUCGGCGCGCUGCGCCCGGCGCAGAAGACCGCGCUGCAGUGCGCCCCCGUGCUUGCGCGCCCCGUCGACUGUAGCAAGCACGUGUGCGCUGGCUACCCCACGCCCGGAGGAGGGCCGCCGUCGUCGCCGGUGCCAGGGAAGCCUGCUGCGUCUGCGCCCAUGCCAUCCCCGCACACACCGCCGGAUGUAUCGCCAGAGCCGCUUCCAGAACCUUCGCCGGUGCCUGCACCUGCACCCAUGCCGAUGCCGACCCCUCAUUCACCGCCAGCGGACGAUUAUGUACCGCCAACACCACCUGUACCCGGAAAGUCACCGCCAGCUACCUCACCAUCGCCUCAGGUUCAGCCUCCAGCUGCCUCCACCCCACCUCCGUCACUGGUGAAGUUGUCUCCUCCGCAGGCACCAGUGGCAUCACCACCGCCACCUGUGAAGACUACUUCUCCACCGGCCCCUAUUGCUUCACCAUCUCCACCACCACCAGCGCCAGUGGUCUCACCACCACCGCCCGUGAAAUCACCUCCCCCACCCGCGCCAGUGGCAUCACCUCCACCACCUGAAAAAUCACCUCCUCCGCCAGCACCGGUGGCCUCACCACCACCGCCUGUGAAAUCACCUCCCCCACCAACGCUAGUGGCAUCACCUCCACCUCCCGUGAAAUCACCUCCUCCACCGGCACCAGUGGCAUCACCACCGCCUCCUGUGAAAUCACCUCCCCCACCAACGCCAGUGGCAUCACCUCCUCCGCCAGCACCAGUGGCAUCUUCACCUCCACCGAUGAAAUCUCCACCACCCCCGACUCCUGUGAGCUCACCUCCUCCUCCAGAGAAGUCACCACCGCCACCGCCUCCUGCGAAAUCAACCCCACCUCCAGAGGAAUACCCAACACCACCCACUUCGGUGAAGUCAUCGCCGCCUCCAGAAAAGUCUCUACCUCCACCCACACUGAUUCCAUCUCCGCCACCACAAGAGAAGCCUACUCCUCCAUCAACUCCGUCUAAACCACCUUCAUCUCCGGAGAAGCCUUCUCCACCGAAAGAACCAGUUAGCUCACCACCUCAAACACCAAAGUCUUCACCUCCACCAGCUCCUGUAAGUUCACCACCUCCAACACCAGUUAGCUCACCACCGGCACUAGCUCCAGUAAGCUCACCACCGUCGGUGAAGUCUUCUCCACCACCAGCGCCACUAAGCUCACCACCGCCUGCACCUCAAGUGAAGUCUUCUCCACCUCCAGUACAAGUGAGUUCACCACCGCCGGCGCCUAAGUCAUCACCUCCACUUGCUCCAGUGAGUUCACCACCUCAAGUAGAGAAGACUUCUCCACCACCAGCACCACUCAGCUCACCACCAUUGGCGCCCAAGUCAUCACCUCCACAUGUUGUUGUGAGCUCACCACCUCCAGUGGUGAAGUCCUCUCCACCACCUGCACCGGUUAGCUCGCCACCAUUGACGCCUAAGCCGGCAAGCCCACCUGCGCAUGUGAGCUCACCACCUGAAGUGGUGAAGCCAUCCACACCACCGGCACCAACAACAGUCAUCUCACCUCCAUCAGAGCCCAAGUCAUCACCGCCACCUACUCCCGUGAGCUUGCCACCUCCAAUAGUUAAGUCCUCUCCACCACCGGCAAUGGUUAGCUCACCACCGAUGACGCCUAAGUCGUCACCUCCACCGGUUGUUGUGAGCUCACCACCACCAACGGUGAAGUCUUCUCCACCACCGGCACCAGUCAGCUCACCACCAGCGACACCUAAGUCGUCACCUCCACCUGCUCCUGUGAACUUGCCACCUCCAGAAGUAAAGUCUUCUCCACCACCUACACCAGUUAGCUCGCCACCGCCAGCGCCUAAGUCAUCACCUCCACCUGCUCCCAUGAGCUCGCCACCACCUCCAGAGGUGAAGUCUCCUCCACCACCAGCUCCAGUUAGCUCGCCUCCACCUCCAGUCAAGUCGCCACCUCCACCCGCCCCUGUGAGCUCACCUCCUCCCCCUGUGAAGUCUCCACCACCACCAGCACCGGUCAGCUCGCCACCACCUCCAGUGAAGUCACCGCCACCUCCAGCACCGAUCAGCUCACCACCACCUCCAGUGAAGUCACCGCCACCUCCAGCACCAGUGAGCUCACCACCACCUCCAGUGAAGUCUCCUCCGCCACCAGCACCAGUUAGCUCCCCACCACCCCCAAUAAAAUCUCCUCCUCCACCGGCACCAGUUAGCUCUCCUCCACCAGCACCAGUGAAGCCACCAUCACUACCACCACCGGCCCCAGUAAGCUCACCUCCUCCGGUUGUCACCCCUGCCCCGCCGAAGAAAGAAGAGCAGUCAUUACCACCACCAGCAGAAUCCCAACCUCCACCAUCAUUCAAUGACAUCAUCCUUCCACCUAUCAUGGCCAACAAGUACGCAUCUCCGCCUCCCCCUCAGUUCCAAGGGUAUUAAGCGCCACAGAGACAUGGUUGAUGAAGCAUGAAGGGAACAGUCUAUAAGGUCACACGCGCAGACAAACUGCUACAUGUAAAACACUGUAAACGUGUGUGAAAUUGUUUUUUCUUUUGCACGUGCACGUGUGAGUAUAUUCUUAUUCAUACAUAUGUACGGACGUGUGUAUGUGUGAACUAACUACACUACAUGAGGCGGCAAGUUGUAAGAGAGUGUGAUUUGUGUGCCUUAUGUAUCACUUUUUUACAUAUAGAAAAGGAAACGACAAUUUCCUUAAAAAUGGGGUACAAGAUGAUGGAACGAAGUUAAGGGAUUAUUAUGAACUGCUUUUGUUCUUGUUAUUAA